AUGUAUUUGCUUCCAAAGACGUACAAACAUGCGGUCUUCAAGGCUCAGGGCGAGCGCCUGACCAUGGAGCAGGUAGAUCUUGUCCAGCCGUCGAAAGACGAAAUCUUGGUCAAGGUUGAAGUUUGUGGAGUCUGCUACUCUGACAUGUAUGCACAGCACAAUGGUAUGGGUGGUGGCUUCCCGAUUGUACCUGGGCACGAGAUCAUUGGUAGAGUCGCAGCCCUUGGAGAAGGUACAUCGUCGUGGAAUGUUGGCGACCGCAUCGGUGCUGGCUGGCAUGGCGGCCAUGAUGGUACGUGCGUGGCUUGCAAGAAGGGCUGGCUCCAGAUGUGCUCCAACCCGAUUAUCCACGGCGAGAACAAGCAUGGCGGGUACGCCGAAUACGUCCUCAUCCGUGCCGAAGCCGCCGUCCGCGUGCCGGACCACAUCGAUGCCGCCGCGUAUGCCCCGAUACUAUGCGCCGGUAUGACUGCUUUCAACGCACUCCGAAACAUGGGCAUUCCCGCCGGCGAGACCGUGGCGGUCCAAGGACUCGGCGGGGUCGGGCACAUGGCCGUACAGUACGCGGCUGCUUUUGGCUAUCGUGUGAUUGCCGUAUCUCGUGAUGGUAGCAAGGAAGACUUUGCUCGCAAGCUUGGCGCUUCCGAGUACGUCGAUGCUAGUAAAGGUGAUGUCGGUGGACAAAUUCAGAAACUUGGGGGUGCCAGCCUCAUCGUCGCCACAGCUCCCACUGCCGAUGGUCUGCAGGACUUGAUGAACGGCUUGGGCAUACUUGGCAAGCUCUUGCUUCUUUCAGUUCCAGGGGAGAUCAAUCUCAACACUUUUUCCAUGCUUGGCAAAGGCCUGUCCGUCCAGUCAUGGCCAGGUGGCCACUGCGGCGAUUCGGAGGAUACUAUUCAAUUCUCUGAGCUCAAGGGUAUUGAGAGUAUUGUUACAAAGUAUCCUCUAGAUAAGGCUCAAGAAGCUUAUGAGGCAAUGCUGAAAGGUACCGUAGAAGGUCGCAUUGUCCUGGUCCCAUGA